AUUUAUACCAAACUUGUAAACGUUUUGUCUUAAAAUGAAUGAAAAUAACAGUAAUACUCCUGAUAAAAUUACGAUAAAAGUGAGACAUUCGGAUGAGGAUUAUCAUGACAUUACAAUUGAUUGGUCAAAUGAAAGUUUUGAUUACAGGAAUCAAUUGUUUCAUCAGUUAGCAGCAUACACAGGAAUACCAGUUGAAUAUCAACUUCUUAUCGACGUGCAAAAUCCAUAUCUACCGACUACCGGUUUCGGUCACCUAAACCCCGGAAUCAUUAAGCAACGGGUUCGGGAGUAUGAUGUAAACAAAGAGUAUGCAAUGGAAAGUCUUUACGAUGGCGAUUGUUAUUUUCUCACAACGGAGCUCAUGUCAUUCCAUGACGAUCCUAGUAUUUUCUGUUGCUUUUAUCUGUUGCAUAGUGAUCUGGUUAAUGAAAAUGGUUGUAACCCAGAUUACUGUCACCAUUUGGGUAGUCGUUUAUUUUCGAACAAAUUGUCACAGUUCAUCAAAUCCGAACACUUGCAGAAACUUCUGUAUACAAGAGUUGAUCGAGUAACAUCGGAAGCGGCAAGAAAAGUGAAAUUAGAUUUGAAUAUUGAACACCUUACUCGCCUAAAAUGCAGAGCGAGGCUCGAACCUUCUCCAUUUCCUUUUCCGUUCCCUAAUUACUAUUUGCGUUACCGAGGUUAAUGAAGAUAUUCACCUGGUAAAACUUAGAAAGCAAAAACUGCAUGUUCAACAAUUUAAUGGUUGAUUAGUUGAUCGAUUGACUAAAACCUACUUUCUUUUGUUGAUAUUUCAUCAAAAUAACUAUUGUGCCACAUUACUAAUAUAUUGAAGAAAAAAUCAGCAAUUAAAUUAUCGUCUUCCUGAUAAUCAAGGUGAUCAAAAAGAGAAUCAACUGCAUGUCAACAAUUUUCAUGAUCAUGAUUACUAAAGGUUUUAUUUCUUGAACUACUCAA